CCGGUCCUCCCCCUUUUCACCUUCUGCUCCCUCAAAUUCCAGCUCGAUGUGCACGAGACCCAAGUGGGCCUUCCACUCCAGCUUUCGGGGAUUCUUCAGCACGGCGUAGGCUCUUCCGUACCCGUCCAGGCACGCGCCCAUGCGCGGAUGCAGCGUCAGCUCUUCCUCCUGCAAGGGGGGCCAGAAAUG